AUGGAGGCAGAAAUGAAACAGCUCAUGCAAGUCACCAACCAGAGGCCAGGAUGGAAAAUGCCCCUUCUCAUCAUCUUGGUCCUGCUGCAAGCUGUAGAUGCUUUGAAGGGUCCGAGGCUGGUGUCUGGGAAGCUUGGGGGAACUGUCACCAUCAAGUGCCGUUAUGCCCCCACUUCGGUCAACAGACACCAGAGGAAAUAUUGGUGCCGCUUGGGUCCCCCCAAGUGGAUCUGCCGUACCAUCGUGUCCACUAACCACUAUACCCACCAUCGCUACCAUGGCCGCGUGGCUCUAGAAGAUUUCCCAUGGAGAAGCUUGUUUGUACUGACGAUGUCCCAGCUGUCCCAGACAGACGAAGGGUAUUACCGCUGUGGCAUUGGAAACAGAAAUGACAUGCUUUUCUUCCCAGUGAACCUGACUGUGUCUGCAGGUCCUUCCAGCACCAUCCCCACAAAUUUAGAUCCUAGCACACCCACUAUGAGCUCCUUGGCAACAGUAUCUUCAGUGGCCAACAGAUUAACCCCAGGAACCAUCGAGACUAUAGAUGGGGUCACAGGAAAAGACAGAGUUGCUUCAACUCCAGGAACCAGCAAAACAACAGUUUCAACUAAGGGAAGACAAGGCCAAGAGAUAACCAAGGCAGUAGCUCCAGGGACAGGGAGCUGGAUAGAAGGAUCCAUCAGAGCCACAAUUCACAGCCCAGAGAAAGCAAGUGCUGAAGAAGGUCUGAUGUCUACUGCUGGAGACAGUAAUAUCCAAGCAAAAUCAAACCAGGCCCCAGCAGCAGGGCCCCUGAGACCUCAGGGCAAGGAGUCCUCCAUGAAGAGCGCAUCAUCAAAACAGAAAAGUGUCUCUCGGAUCCUGACUCCAGUGUGCACGGUGCUGUCCUUGGUUUUGAUCCUGGCUCUUGUUAUAUUGAAAAAGAAGCUCUGGAAAAAGACCUCUCAAGAGGCAGAAAGGACAACACGGGUCACCCUGAUCCAGAUGACAAGUAUCAUGGAGUCGAACCUCUCACCUGACCAGCUGCCCCAUCUUGAAAGGAAGACGUUGUAG